CCUUUGGCCAGUCCUAAAAGGCUUCUGAAGGCCUUUGCAUGCGCAACACCCGAAUUACCUUGAGCGCAACUUUGGUUAAUUGAGGACCUAACAGAUAGAAGCAUGAAAUUGCUUAGUUCCUAGACUGGAACAGCGACAGCUUUGAAACCUGUGUGGCUUCCUGAGGAGACUUGAAGCCUAAAACGGGUAAAUCUCCAGCCCAAAUCAGAGCGAUAAAAAUUAUUUAAAUGUGCGCCUCAAAAGCGCGUGUGUUGGACUUUGCAAGGGCCCAAACAAAAAUUCAUAUUUCUUGCCCUGGCCUUGAACCAGUUAUCAAAGUUUAUCAGAUUUUUGAAGACAAAUGAAGGUGACAAUGUGAUGUUUACCAGCGUAAUCCGGUUGUUCGAUAAGCGACCGGAAUUGUGUAAAUGUUAGCUUGAUGGAAACCUUAAUUCCGACUGUGUCAGCUACUAGAAAAUACUGAUAUGUGAGAAAGUGGAAAUUUCCAGCCCAAUCUGGCUGCUCAAUCAACAGGAAUUUUUCAAAAUUAAAGUUACCAAACCACUGGAAUUUUAACCAUUUGCAGGGCCCAAACAAAAAUUCCUAAUUCCGGCCCUGUGGCAGCUAAAUAAUUGAAAUUUUGAAUAGUUUGAACAACGGAAACUUCCAGAUAAAUCAAGAAACCCGAUGAGGAGCAAUAAUUUUUCCAAAAAAUCGCAAUUCCUGCCUGAAGGAGCAAGAUUGUGGAAAUUUUGCUCACUUUCAGCUCAGACCAGUAGAAAUUUUCAACCGAAUCCAGCUGACAAAUGGGAGACAACAUUUUUGCGAAACCACCCUGCCAAACCGGACUUUUACCCAUUUGCCGAGGCCCAAACAAAAAUCGCUAAUUCCUCCCCUGAAGCAGCAAGAUCACACAUCAUUCUUAGAGGAGACUGAUCCUUAACGAUGACCAUCCUUCGGAUGGGAUUUCUCGUGUUGGCUUCCAGCUUCUGGAUAUCCAGUCCGCUUGGCUGCAGAUGGUUAGACACCAACGAACCGACCGAGUUCGAGUGCCCGGACCAGUUUUUCAUCAGGAUUUCUGGCAACAAGUUCCUUGAGGUGUAUUGCCAGUGGGAGAGUGACGAGUUUCUGGAUUUGGUGCCCGAUUUAACUAUUCCCAACCUCCAAAGUCUCAGAAUGGAGGGAUGCAGCGUGGAUAUGUUUGUUCAGGUGUUUAAAAGAGCGCAAAUGCCCAACCUCAUCCUUCUAGACUUGAGAUUAGUGCCCUCAAGGAAUGGCUCCAAAAUCACCAGAGAAACCUUCAGCCAACUUCAGAGCUUAGAAGCGCUGAAAAUACAGGAAAAUUCGACGUCCUUAAGCCGCAACUUCCUCAUAAACCUCAAGCAAUUAAAAAAUCUGUCUCUCAACUCUAAUGGUUUGCUCUACAUUGACUUCAAUCUUGAGUCAGCAACUUCGCUGCUCCAUCUGGACCUCUCCUUUAACCGCAUUGAAACGCUGGAAAACCGGUCGUUCAAGGGCUUGCACCAGCUGCGGUAUUUAAGCCUGGAAGACAAUUCAUUGCUGCAUUUCAGCAAACAGGCGUUUGAAGGCCUUUGCAAUCUGAUGGAGCUGGAUAUGAGUGGAAAUAAAAUUUCCCUGAUAUCCCAAGACUCGUUUUCUCUUUUGCCCAAUUUAACCAAAAUCUCAGUGGCCCGGAAUCGUAUCGUUCAAAUCCACAGUCGGCUGUUUGCCCAUAACGUCUUUUUGGAGGAAAUCUGGCUGUCUUCAAAUCAAAUUUCCAACCUGCCUGGAAGCUUAUUCAGGCCCUGCUCACGGCUACAAACGCUCCAGCUGCAGGGCAACAGAUUGAGGCAACUGCCUGUCGAUCUGUUUCAAGGUCUGCAAACUCUAACAAAUCUGGAUCUUUCUGGCAAUAAUUUCACAACUCUCAGCCUGCCGGGAGAGGUCUUUUUCGCACUCACAAAACUCAGACGUCUGAAUCUCAGCUACAACAACCUAAGCAACAUCAGCAUGACAUUAUUUGUAGGCCUGCAUAGCUUAAAACGCCUGCUGCUGCACAACGCUGCAAUAUCCCAACUUCCCCAGCCGCUUUCAGGCCUUGAUCUUGACCUGUUGGACCUUUCCUCUAACAACAUCAGCCACCUUCAGAUCCUGGAUAUUCUCAACUCAAAAAUCUUCCACGUUGACCUGGCCAACAACCGAAUUGAGCAAUUGGUGUUUAACGUGAGCGAGCGCCUCACAGGGCGCAGGCAAGAGAUUGACUUGGAGAGUAAUCCCAUCAACUGCGACUGUUCCAACUAUGAGCUGAUCAGCUUCAACCAUGGCGCAUAUCCACAGCUGGAACGCCAGCUGAAAAUCAUGCAGCCGAAAUUGGAGUGCGCCAACUUAAGGGGCACUUUAGUGCGUCAAUUCAGGCCUAGGGACAUUCAUUGCAAUGUCGUGGCUAAUUGUCCAAAAGAGUGCGAAUGCAUCAGCACUCCGGCCUUAAAUCGGCUAGUUUUAAAUUGCUCGGAAAAGCAGCUGGAGCGCCUUCCCAGCCGAUUGGAGUUUGGCAGCAUGAAGGUGAAGUUGGACCUGUCCGGAAAAAGACUGGAGAGCAUUGCCUGGGUACCUACAGCAGUCCAGGAGUUGAGCCUAGAAAACAACCGCUUAAAAAACCUGGAGCCGCAAUUUUUGGCUUCUCUGGAUAAUUCCCCCACUCUAAAGUGGCUCCACCUAAAAGGCAAUCCGUGGGAGUGCAACUGUCAGUCUCUGGAGCUGCAGAAGUUCAUCCAAAAUAAUUUCCACAAGAUGAAUUCUUCGGAAGUUUACUGCCAAAACACCCAAACCUUGUUGGUAAACAUGCGACUCUACUGCCCUUCAAUGAUGAUGGCUUCGCUACCAAUCUGCCUGUUCCUGCUGGUCUGCUUAGCCACAAUCCUCGCUUUAUACUUUCGCUUCCAGCUGGACAUCAAAGUCUUCCUCCAUGCGAAUAACCUCUGUCUUAGUUUCCUCGAAAACGACCUGGAUGGGGACAAAACAUACGACGUCUUCAUCAGCUACAGCAACAAGGACGAGGCCUUUGUGCUGGAGCACUUGGUAGCUGAGUUGGAAAAAGGGGCUCAGCCCUACAGAGUGUGCAUCCACAGCAGGGAUUGGGUGCCAGGCCGCCUGAUUAUGGAUCAGAUCAGCUACAGCGUGCAGGAAUCCAAUCGGACGCUGGUCGUUCUCUCCAACAACUACCUGGACAGCGUUUGGGGCAAGAUGGAGUUCAGGGUGGCUCACACACAAAUGCAUGGCGGCAGCAAAGUGGUUGUGGUCAUCUAUCCGGGACUGGAUAUGGAGCGACUGGACGACGAACUGAAGAACUAUCUCAAGACCAACACUUAUGUCAAAUGGGGCGAGCGGUUCUUCUGGAGCAAGCUCAAGUAUGCUCUGCGUCAAUCGCGAAACCAGAAGCAAAUGCAAUGGGGAACGGAUGGGACAUGACUUUGGAUAUAAUCUGGAAGAGUUACAAAGCAUACGUUCCUCCUGGACAAAAGCUGGAGAUGAGUUGUGUAGCUGCUGAAUAUUUGAGGACCGGAGGAGUCCAAUUGCGACCGAAGCAUCAAGAUGAUCUAAGGCGUCAACAGUGGGAAUGACACAAGAUUCAAAAUAUAUUAAAAUCCCCUGGAGUUUCCAGUUAUUCUGCAAAA